GUCCUUUCGACAGUUUAAAAACGGCUUGUCAGACUGCUUUCAGCUCCUCAAACUUUGGCAGAAGAUUCUAAAAGACAUUGGUGGAAAGUUUGGGACCAGCGUCGGUUCCUAUUUCGUGUUCCUGACAUGGCUUCUGAUGUUCAACGUUUUUUCAUUCCUUGUGAACUUCAGUUUUAUUGCGAUCCCUCAGCUCAUAGCAGCGAGAGCAAAUAACCUAUCAUUCCUGGGGCUGGAGUUUUUCACUGGAGCCGUAAGUGCGUUUUUAAAACAGUAAUAGGUUUCAUAUGGGCUUGUUCCCCCCCCCCCCCAAUAAUUAAGCCUUGUGCUACAGAGGACUUCUAAAAUAUAGCUUGCCUAAAGCAGAGCUGGACUACAUUUUUGUGUAAUGGGACUGGUGUUGGUACCACAUGCAGUGGUACCUUGUUUUGCAUAUGUCUUGGUUUGCAUACGUUUUGGAUGACAAACACAUCAAACCCGGAAGUGCGUGUCCCAGUCUGCAACCUUUUUUUGGAUUACAGCCCUUGUUUUUUGUUUUUGUUAUGAUUAUGAACAAAAAAAAUUUGGAGGCCCCAUUGGCAAAAGUGUGCCUAGUGUUACAACCUAUUUUGUUUACAAAUGGACCUCCAGAACGGAUUAUAGUUGUAAACCAAGGUACCACUAUAUGGCGGAGACAGAGACCAUGUCUAAAAUUGACUGGACCACAACUCCUCCCCACAAUUCAUGCAUUCAACCAACCAACCAAUCUCAUUUGGUCUCCUUCUCACACACACUUGGAAUGGGGAAGGAGGAGGAAUCUGUCCUCAGAUUCCAAAGUAGACUCUCCUGAUCCCUUUUGAUUGGAUUUUGACCUGGAUUGGAUCAAUGGUCUACUUCAGUGUUUGCAGUCUGGCUUAUUCCAUUAUAAGUUGGCGCAAGGAGGACUACACACUGCAUCUGUGUGCCCCCCCAUUUCUCCCUUUAAACCUUCUGAAAUUCUGUAUGCAGCCAUCCACAGCCUGAGCAGCUAGCAGUUGGGUUUUCUUGUCAGCAGAUGCUUUGCAGUGCAGUUACAGCUGUGCUGUGUUCUAGACCUCUGGCGGAACUCCAAAGCAUUUCUGCUGAAAUAAUUUUAUUAUUUAUACCCUGCUCAUCUGGUGGGGUCUUAUUUCCUUCCAUCCUUUGUCCCAUUAUCUUGCUCUUCAUAAUCUGGGCUUUUGUGAUGUAGUGAACAACCCUUUUGCAAAAGUGUGCAUGCAUUGCUUUAUCACUCCAGGGGUGAGGUCCUUGUUGGACUCCAACUCCCAUCAUCCCUGACCAUUGGUUAUGCUGGCUGGAGCUGAUGAGAGUUGGUGUCCCAACAUCUGGGGGGGCCACAGGCACCCCAUUCCUCUUUAUCCUCUCAGUGACAUGUCAAUGAUGUAACCAAUAGCAUGUGUCAUAGUUUCUCAUGUUACAAAACAGAACAACCCCCGCACUGUAUGGCGUUUUCACGUUCAUAAGUGAAACCUUUCGUUAACCUGCUUGAGCCACAUUUAUGUUUCUUUUUUUUUCAGGGUUAUUUUAGCGACACUGUGCUCUAUUACGGUUUUUACACCAAUACUACCAUCACUGAAAAUGAGAACAACUCUCCGUAUUACAUGCAGCUGGCUUACAUUUUCACCAUAGGAAUUUAUUUUAUUAUCUGCUUCUUAAGCUUGCUCUACAGGUACAGUGAGAUUUAGAUUUCUCUUGGAUUUAAAGGUGACUCUGUGGGGGGGGGGGGAAUUGCUCUUUAGAAUAUUUUUGAGUGCUAAAAAUGAUCGCUUGUUUGAAAGCUGGGAUGGGAUGGGAGACCUAGUGGUCUUCCAGAUGUUGGACUCCAACUCCUAUGAGCGCAAGCAAGUGUGGCCAGUGGUUGGAGGUGAUGGAAGUUGUAGUGAACAACAUCUGUAGGGUCACAGAAUAGUCCACCCUCUCUUGCUGCUUCUCUGCUCAAAAUGGCCUCUUGUGUCUUAAUUUUUGUUUUCUUUAAUGAAAAGGAAAGAAAACAGCCAUCUGUACUUCACUACACAGUAUCACCAUCAGCCUUCCAACCUUUUGAGCGAACAUAAGGGUUGCCAACCUUUUUAGGCCCAUGGGUGCGUUUGGAUUUUGACGUGAGUGCUGUGGGUGCCACUGAUCUUUUAUGUAGACAAAACAGCACCAUUCAUGCAUACAAGGGGAGGUAUUGGCAAACUUGACAUCCCUGAGGCUUGCCAAUACAGUGGUACCUCGAGUUACAUAUGCUUCAGGUUACAUACGCUUCAGGUUACAGACUUCGCUAACCCAGAAAUAAUACCUUGGGUUAAGAACUUUGCUUCAGGAUGAGAACAGAAAUCAUGCUCCGGCGGCGCAGCAGCAGCAGCAGGCCCCAUUAGCUAAAGUGGUGCUUCAGGUUAAGAACAGUUUCAGGUUAAGAACGGACCUCCGGAACGAAUUAAGUACUUAACCCGAGGUACCACUCCGUGUGUGUGUGUGUAUAUAUAAUGUUUACAUAAAAAGUUAAGGGGAUGCAACAGUGACCAGACGAUCCUUCUAUCUCUCAGGUGGGAGGUGGGCGGACAGGAAAAUGAGAAGGGAUGGAAUGGAGUGUCCUGGAAAAGGGUAUGACUAGGUGGCUCUGCAGCAGGAGUACUUCAUGCUGCAACAUUUGUUGCAGGUCCCACUUUGUACGAUUUACUGCUUUUCAUCUAAUAUUUUCUCUGCUUCCCUCCCCAUUUUCAUACAACCGCUGAUGCAUGUUUUGCUUUUCAUUGUAGCAUGGCAAAGUCCUUCCGCAACAACUUUGCUCAUCCCCAGAUGUACACUGGAAAUGCUGCCAAGCUUCUUUGUGUCUGGGACUUCAGUAUAACUAAUGAGAAAGCUGUGAAGCUGCAACAGAGGAAUCUCAGCACUCAGAUAAAGGUAUGCUGUUCAGCUAAUAGAAUUUGCUGUUUGGUGAUGGUCAUUGACUUAGACAAUGGUCAUCAGCUUACAGUCAUUGAGGAUAAG